CACCGUCAGUGGUUAAGCUCAAUCGGAUGCAAUGCAAUGUCCUUUAUAUAAACGUUAUUGAAAACAACCGGCCAUAUUCUGGUGGUAGAUAUUUGUGAGAGAUAUUGCCGUGAAAUUUACAUUCGGAAAUGUCGCUCGGUUCCCAAAGUGAAUGCGAAAAAGCACUAAAACAAUUCAGCGAACAGUUGCAGUGUAUGAUUUGUUUGAAGCUGCCGACAAAUGCCAACAUUUGUCCGUUUUGUUCGGUACUGUUCUGCUACGGAUGCGUUUGGCAAUGGCUUACCAGGCCACUGGAAGAGGAAGCGGAUAAUCCAGCAUGCUGUCCCCACUGCCGAAAAGAUCUCCAGCCAACAAAGCUGAUUAAGUUGCACUGCUUCGAACAAUUCGAAGACCUUGGACCCACGCUUGAACGGAUUUCCGAUUGUGCAUUGGCUCAACCAGAGAACGAUCUAAAUCCGGAUGAUGUUCCCAAGCCAAAGUACACGGUUGGGCAUUUUACUUUGCGUAAGUUUGUACCGAAAAAGGGACCGCAGCGUGUAUUUUCCAAAGAGAUUGUCGACAAUCUUGGAUCAGUCUGGAAACUGGAAGUAUGGCCCAAGGGCUGUGAAUCUGAAAACUAUUGGAUCAGUGUGUUUCUCCGUCUACACAAGGGCCUCGCAGGGAAAUACGAAUACACAAUUGAACUGCUCAACGAUUGUCCAAAGAAGUACACCUUGAUAAAUGAUUUCGAAGUUCGUUCAUCGUGCGGUGUUAGGAAUUUUAUUGAUACCAGAACAAUGUCCAGUAAUAGAAACGCAACGAAUUUAAAUUUUCGAUUGUUCGUUCGACCGGCGUCAUUUGAAGAGCAAUCUAAACUGCAGACCAACUUGCUACAGCAGCUGAAGUCCUCCGACGAACAGUUGAAAGGCGAUCCAAGCUGCUUCACGAUUUCGAUGGAUAAUUUUUCCCAGCGCGGUAAGAAUGGGUAUUUUGAAGAGUGCGAAGAUUAUUUAAACAACGUGUGGGAAAUGGGAGUAUCGAGAACUAAUAGUUCUAGAUAUCUACAAUUCUAUGCGUGCUUGCUUCAAGGAUUUCCCGGUCUAUAUGACUUCCACCUGGAGCUUACAAACCACGAAGAAGACUGCGCCAAAAAAUUGAACUUCCAACACCAGUUCUCUAAAAAAUCGAAGGCUUUCUUCAACAUGCAAAUCCGUUUCAAUCAACUGGAGGAGUUUGGAUUUACACACUUCGAAGAGAACUGCUUGGAAAUUAUCGUAUCAAUAACUCCGGUAAAAAUCAACUUGCAAAGCUUGCAACGCUACUACUCCAACGAUGAAUCCGACAGCGACGUUGAAAACAAUUCCGGUGAUGAAAUGUAUUAUCAUUGAGCAUGAAGCCACAGACAAACAGACAUAACACUCGCAAGUUGUUCAUCGAGCAAUCAUUUAACGAUCAAUUUAAAAGUAUCGAAGUUGGUAGUACCGCCACCUGUGAUGCGCAUAGUCAGUUCCCUUGCGUUUGACGUUUACAUACUACCGCCAUCUGUUCAGCAUACUACCCACCACAGUGUAUUCAACAGAUGGCGGUAAUGUUUUAGCGACGAUGUUUUACAGUGAUAAAUAUUCAAUAUGUUAUGUCUGUUUGUCUGUGAUGAAGCUGUGAAAUAUGAAAUAUUUUAAUAAUUUUACCAAAGGUGAACGGAAUAAUCGGGUACAUAUAGUAACACCUUAGAGUGUGCGGAUUUCCCUAAAAUAAAUGCCCUAUUAUCUUAGAUGAAGUGGUUGCGAA